AGACCUAACCUAACCUAUUCCCUAGAAAUGUUGUUCCUUGUUGCUAAAUGUAUCACGACUUAGUUUCCAUUGGCCCUCGGUAAAAGGAAUCGGCAUAUACAGUCUGUCAUACUGCAAAGUGCAUUUGCACUUUAUCAGUCAAGGAAGUUUUUGGUUGUUAAGGUGCUGACAAACAUUACGACGAUUAAGUUUUCAUAGAAUGUUGAAAACAUGGCAACUACAAAAGGAAGUGACUCUAUUAGUAAACGCCAGUACAAAGGAAAAUUUGUGACUAUGUACGAAAGCCUAUUUCGUGGAGAGGAUGUCACUGUGAUAUAUCCUAAUUUCUGGAAUGAACUUUUUCUAAUUAAACCAAUCAUAUCACACAUUGAAAAUGAAAUCCUCAAGCUGAACGAUGAAUCUUUGUUGCAGUGCAAAAAAAAUAUCAAUUUAUUGGUAUCACAUUGUAUAGAUUCAUUAGCAGAUGAAAAUGCUUAUAGAAUUGUGUACUCCAUACAGACAUUAUCAGUAAUUCUAUCUUCUUUGUACAAAAAAGUGAAUCAGAAUGAAAAUAAUCUGAAUUUAAUAGAAACAGCUUUUGGAGCAGGCAAUGUGGAUGAUAGAAUGGCUGCAUUGAUACAGCAUAGUAAUUUAUUCUUAACAGGGGAAUAUCCGUUGAAUUUAAAGAGUUUAUUCAUAAAUGUUUUCUUAAUUAUUGCGACUGGAUUAGAUAAUGUAAAUCAAAACAGUUUGUUGGAUUAUGUGAUGUGUAGUAGUAUUUUUGAAUCAUUAAUACAAUUACUUAGAGAUACAACUUUAAGGAAUCAUCAUGGAUACAAUGUUGUGUUACUCCUAACACUACUUGUGAACUACAGAAAACACGAGACUACUAAUCCUUUUAUUGUCAAAUUAUCAAUAUUGGAUGAUGAACUAGCGCUGCAUGGAUAUGGACAAGUGAUUUCAAGUUCGUUAUCAUCAUUUUGCAAACACUUCACUCAACUGAGACCAGAUGUUCAGAUAUCUUGGCUCACAUCGUUAACAAACAUGAUUGGUAGCAUAUUUGUUGGUGAAGAAGAAUCUAAAAAUCAACAAAUUCGAGAAAACAAUGCCUUACUUUUAGCUUUAUAUGAAGCAACACAUUUAAACAGAAACUUUGUUACUACAUUAGCUUACACGCAAAGUGAUACUAGUGUACCAUCCACGCAACACAAUUCUCCAGUAGGAACCCAAAUGACAGAAGUUACAACUCAACCAUUCAAUUUAUUGGCUAUAUUUUUUCAGUACUGUUCAAUUGUUAUUCAGGCAACUCAUACAGAAGCAAUCAUGGAUAAUGUCAAACUAUGUUUUUUAAUUCUCAGUUGCAUUUCAGAAGAUCAAUAUGCAAAUAGUUUAAUGCACGAUGCUAAUUUAGCAUUCAGAGUCCAACUUCAUAAAAUGCCAAUGCAUCAUAGAAAAUUGAAUGCAACUACAGCAAUCUCUCAACCAUUAGCAGCUACACUACUAGAUUUGAUUGUUGAGUUCAUUAUGUCACAUAUGAUGAAGAAAUUUCCUCUUGAACUCUAUCAUCACUGCAUUGGAAUCUUGCUGAGAAUAUUGUGUUAUCAAAAGCGGUGUCGUGUUAGACUAAAUUACCAGUGGAUACAUUUGUGGACUGUUCUUAUGAAUCUUCUUAAAUUUAUAACAACACACGAAAGCUCUUUAGCUAAAAAAAUGAAUAUAUUUUCAUUGGCUACAAAAGUUGUAAAUAUAUUAAAUAUAUUUAUUACAUACGGAGAUAUGUUUCUACUUUCUCCAAAUACAUAUGAUGAACUUUUUUAUGAAAUUAUAAGAAUGAAGUUUAUAUUUAUAAAUUUGAAUGCAAUGGGACUUAGAUAUUCUAAUAAUGAUACGUAUGAGUACAAAGAAAGUGCAGCUAAAUUAAUAAAUGCACUAGUUAAUAUGCGUGAUAUCCUUAAUCAUUUUCCACCAAAAAUAAGUGAAUGGUUAUCUAAGGAAAACAUUUCUACGCCUACAGAAAAACAAAUUAUGGACAUAAUUAUACAAAAUUAUGAUAGUUUAACAUUAAAACUCCAAGACAAUUUAGAUCAAUUUGAUCGCUAUUCAGAGAAUACAUCACAUCUGAAAUUUUUUGAUAGUUUGGUGAAAAGUAUCAUCUACACCACACGGACUUCUGGUUGCCUUAAUUUAGUGGAUUCUGAAAUUAUACUUCGAGAAUAUCACAAUGCAUCUCAAUUUUAAAUUUCUUUUUUUUUAAUUUAGUUUUAUUGAUUCUUCAAAUUUUAUUUUAUUAAGUUUCAAUAAAAUAUCGUUUUUCAAAUUUGGGUUUGUGUCUAAUUAUAAUUUUGUAUUGAUUAUAAUGAUGAUAUUUAUAAGUAUUUUUUCGUGUUAUAAUUGCCAUUAUUGUGUACCAAAAAUUAGUUAGAAAUGAUUGCUUGUUGUAAAAAGAAAAUAAAAAGAUAAUGUAAAAAUUCUUUGUAUCUAUCAAUAAAUUGAUAUUCAUUAAAGAAUAUUACACAUACUGUGAUGUAACAAAUAAGUUUGAAUCUAUUCAAACUGCCCUGCAGAUAAGUAGAAUAAUUUAUUAGGUAUUAUCUCAUAUAAAGUCUUGAAUUAAGUUAUAUAGUAUAUUAUUUUUAAUAUUGCAGCAUGUAAAUACAAGUUUAGCAUGCAAUAACAAUGAGUAACAAAAUAAUUGUACACCAUUUAAAAUAAUUAAAUCCCAUUUUAACACA